UUAACAUUUUUUCUUUAUUGCAUGGGAUUAUAUUUUGUUUGCUUGUUUUUAUGUCUUGUUAUUAUGUCACAAUCAUUUUGUCUUUAUUUUUUUUAGUUAUUCUUUGAUGUUAUUAAUAUCAAUUUAUAUAACUAAAUUUAAACAUACUAUAUUUUUUAUUUAAAAACUGUUUAUGUUAAAAAUAUAAUAAAUAUUUUUUAAAAAAAGUAUUAAAUGGAAGGAGGAGAACUACAUGAAAUCAUUAUUACUACAAAUUAAAUGGAAGGAGGAAAAGAACAAUUGUACACUUUAUGUGAAACACUAACCGCCAUGAAUCCCCUGUGUUCUUGUCACUUCCCAUGAUGGUGAUCAAUUACUGGUUAAUUCAUUAACACUUAAAAUAGGGCCCACCAAACACUAUAAAGGGUUUGGAAUCACAUCAGCAACUGAAUUAGCGCAAUAUAUUUUGUGAGUUUUAUAAAAUGUAUGUCUUUUUCUUAACGCAUUUGUCCAAUAAUUGAAGAAUAUUUUUUGUGUAAAAGGUCGGCUAACUAUGCAUUUUUAAAACAUUAGUUAAAACUUAAUGAAUAAUUUUUGUAUUAUAGGUUAUAUUUGAAUGGGUUAAAAAUUAUAAAAAAAUUAUGUAUUAUUGUAAUAUAUGUUUUAGUUCUUUAAGUAAAGUGUUAGGAAUAUUUAUUAAAAUUUCAACUGAUAAAAAAAUGGAAAGAAAAAGAAUAAUGUAUGGGCAUGUGGGAUUUCAGAUUCUCUGUCAGUUGAGAUACCAAGUUCACGUUAUGUGACUUUUGUCCUCUGCUUUUGUGGCGUUAACGUCAAGGAUGUGAAAAACCGUUCUUCUACAUUACAAAAGGACAAUAACACCACCACUUGUUCUUCCAACUUCUUGCUGUUUCAUCGUGUUUGCGUUUUCCUUGCAAAGUUUGAAGCUUUUUCCCAUCACCCAGAUAAGUUUCUCUCUCUUGCCAAAUUCUGGGUUCUUGUCUUUUGUUUUCCUUACAAAACCAGAGCUGAAUUUCCUUCUCCUUCCAAUCCCUUUUUUGCUGUCCAUCUCCCUCUGUGAAAUAGGAUUUGUAUUAGCAUAAACACAUCCUAAUCGUGAGAGAAGGACACAUUUGUGUUUUAUGUGUUCAAAUUCUCCGACUUGACCCAUUAUGGAAAGAGAACAACCUAGUCAAUCUUCAGUCACACCACUUUGAGAUUUUGAACUUGUUUCAGUUAAGGAUUUUGUCCUUUAACUUCCAUUUGGGUUUUGUAUGAGCCGUGUUCUAUGUAUAAAGUUGGCCAGCUUGGUUAUGAUAAAUACUUGUUUGUUGUAUAUCUUAUCCACCAUUUCAUUGGCUUUUGGACACUGUCAAGUUAAUUAUAUCUGAAGUUAUUUCCUUUUAAAUUGUCUUUCUUUUUCUUUGUUUUGGAAGGCCUUGUGAUUGGUUAUCUUGUGCGUGCACCUGAGUUGUUAUAAAAAAAGGUAUCUCUCUUACUUCUUGGCUUGACUGGUUUAAGCUGAGUAUUGUGGUAUAAGAGAAGUGGUUGUUUGGAUUAGUUUCUGUACUGUUGGGGGUGAAAAUGGGGAAGAAAAAGAAGCAACUAGGAGACACAAGGGAAGAUAGUAAAGACGGAGUUAGCUACCCUAGAGCAUAUGACAAUGAUACUAUGGUUUUUAUUUCCAUGUCUCGAGAAUUGAAGAAUGAAGGGAACAAGUUGUUCCAGAAGCGGGAUCUUGAAGGAGCUAUACUAAAAUAUGAGAAAGCCCUCAAUUUACUUCCCAGAAAUCAUAUUGAUGUGUCCUAUCUUCGAAGUAACAUGGCUGCAUGUUACAUGCAGAUGGGACUGAGUGAGUACCCUAGGGCAAUUCAUGAAUGCGAUUUGGCUCUUGAUGUAACACCCAAAUAUAGUAAAGCUCUGUUGAAGAGGGCACGGUGCUAUGAGGCUUUAAAUAGGCUUGAUUUAGCUCUGAGAGAUGUCAAUACUGUUGUGAAGAUGGAGCCAAAUAAUGUCAUGGCAUUGGAAAUCUCAAACAAGGUCAAAAAAGCACUUGAGGAGAAAGGAUUACAAGUAAAUGAUACAAUAAUUGAGUUGCCUCCAGAUUAUGUUGAACCUCCUUCUACUUUGCCUCUAGUAAAGUUCACACGCAAGAAGAAGGGCAGUAAAGAGGAAGAGAAGGCUCCUGAUAACAAAAUUCUUGAAAAGCAAGCUGAGGAUAGUGUUGUAGUCAUAGAGAAGAGUUCCAAAAAGAAGAAGGCCAAGGAAAAAAAUGAUGAGAAGAAGGCUGAUAUUAAGGAAGUUAUAGAGGAAAGAUGUACUGGUAGAAGGGAAGAUGUACCUAAAAAAACAGCAAAACUUAUUUUUGGUGAUGAUAUAAGAUGCGCUGAAAUGCCUAAUAAUUGUAGCCUCUUCCAGUUGAGAGAAGUUAUUCAUGAUCGGUUCGCAGGCCUAGGAGCUGUUCUUGUCAAAUACAGGGACCAAGAAGGUGAUUUGGUCACAAUCACUUCUGAUGAUGAAUUAAGAUGGGCUCAAAAAGAAUCACAUGGUUCUAUUCGCCUCUACAUAGUUGAAGCCACUCCCCAGCAGGAUCCAUUUUUCGAGAAACUUAAAGUAAAGGAAGGGGAAAUGGUUGGCAUUAAUGAUGCAAUUGAGAAUGGUUGCGUGAGAAAAGCAAAGGAUAUUAUUAGCUCUUGUUGUGUUGAGGAUUGGAUAAUUCAGUUUGCCAAACUGUUCAAGAACCAUGUUGGGUUUGAAUCUGACAGGUAUUUGGAUUUUCAUGAACUUGGAAUGAAGCUCUAUUCUGAGGCUUUGGAGGAGACGGUUACAAGUGAAGAAGCACAAGGCCUAUUUGACAUGGCAGAAGAUAAGUUCCAAGAGAUGACUGCUCUAGCAUUGUUCAACUGGGGAAAUGUGCAUAUGUCUAUGGCAAGGAAGAAAGUAUAUUUUACAGAAGAUUCUUCAAAGGAUUAUGUAUGUGAACAAAUCAAAAGUUCUUAUGAAUGGGCACAGAAAGAAUAUGCAAAAGCAGGAGAAAAAUAUGAAGCAGCCAUUAAAGUUAAGUCAGAUUUUUAUGAAGGCUUCCUGGCACUAGGGCAGCAGCAGUUUGAGCAAGCAAAACUUUCUUGGUGUCAUGCACUCAGUAGUAAUGUAGAUUUACUGACAUGGCCUUCCACUGAGGUUCUUCAGCUUUACAACAAUGCUGAGGAUAAUAUGGAGAAAGGAAUGCAGAUAUGGGAAGAAUCAGAAGAGCAGCACUUGUGUAAAGCUUCUAAUUCAAAUGAUGUUAGAUUACAUUUGCAGACCAUGGGAUUGGAUGGGCUUUUUAAAAAUAUAUCCUCAGAUGAAAUUGCAUCACAGGAGGCAAAUAUGAGGUCUCAAAUAAAUCUCCUAUGGGGUACCAUGCUAUAUGAACGCUCAAUUGUAGAAUUCAAAUUAGGGCUACCAAUAUGGCAUGAAUCUCUGGAAGUUGCAGUUGAGAAGUUUGAACUUGCUGGAGCUUCUCCAACAGAUAUAGCUGUAAUUUUGAAGAACCACUGUUCAAAUAAUACUGCAGUAGACGGCCUUGCAUUCAAAAUUGAUGAAAUAGUACAGGCAUGGAAUGAUAUGUACAAAGCUAAAAAGUGGCAAAGUGGAGUUCCAUCAUUUCGUUUGGAACCAUUAUUUAGAAGGAGAGUUUCAAAAAUUUAUCAUGCCUUUGAGCUUGCAUGAGUUUGCGUAUUUUCCUUCUAGUACUCAAACAGUGACAGAGCUAAAUAGUCACUUAGGCUGCUUCCGUGUCUGAAAUGCUAUUGUCAUCAGAAGGUCAUUGUUGCUACUUUAAGAAAUUGGGUUCUACAUUAUACUUAGAGAAAUUAUUCUUUUAAUUGCGUUUACUUUUCCAAGGACACAGGAUUCCUUCACACAUAGGGAAGAUGGCGUUGCGGGAAUUACCUUUUACUUAGUUUCUGCCUUUGCUCAUGUUGCCUUCCCUUUAAUUAUUAGCUUUAUAGUUGCUGGUAGGAUGCUGAAUUUGUAUCGAAAGCAGCGGGAGAUAUAUGUUGGUUUUUCCUUUUCUGUUAUUUAUCCAUUUGUAACUACUCUUUGA